AUGUUUGUACCAUUAUCACUGAAGGAUGAAGAGUCACAUAAAAUGCUAUGGCGUAAUCAAUCACCAAACAGUGCCUUUUAUACUCGGCCAUUAUUAUUAAUUGCAGAAAAAGAAAAUCACGAAUUACUUCGUUUCGUAAAUGAAACAUUUGAACUUCAAGAAAAAAAUUUAGAACAGAAUGACUUAACAUUUCAAUGCAAAAACAAAAGAUAUAAUGUCAAAAUUACAAUAGAAGCUACGAUGAAGGACAUGAAAGUUCGAAUGGCUGAAUCAGGUUUGGGAGGUGCUCAAUGCUUAAUUAUUAAUCGAACAGCAGAAAAGACUCUUACAUUAUAUAGCCAAUUAGUUGAUAAUGAUGGUAAUAUUUUAAAACGUAAAAAUGAUUACGAUAUUCGGACAGGUUUAACAUCGGAGCUUUUAUCAAUUAAUGAUCAACAUUUUAUCACUAUCACUCAUCAAUAUAUUAAUGGUACGACUUGGGUUCUGAGUAUCAUGGCUCAUAUGCGUGCCGAUAUAUUUUCGUGGAUAAUUCGUGGUAAAGAUAAACAAGAACGUAUUCUAAAAGAAAAUAAAACAAUCUUAGAAACUAUUCAAAGUAAAAUUGGUUUACGACUUGAUCAAUAUAAUUCUAGUUCAUCUACAACUGGUGGUGCAAGCACGACAGGUGGACAAUGA